CGACACCUUGGCAGUGCACGGAGCGCGUGAGGGCCAAACAGGAGGCUCUCAAUGGAGGAAGUGUGACUGAAGCAGGGCUACCUGUUGGAGCUCACUGCGGGGCAGAACACAGAGGAAACAAGGACAACCAGCUCCAAACAUGCUGUUUCCACGAGCGCUCCUGUGCGCGCUGCUGUGCGCGCACCACGGGACUCAGAGCUGCAGCGGAUUUAACAUAGAUGAACGCUUUCCUGUGAUCAAAGAGGGGAAAACUAAAGGCAGCUUGUUCGGCUUCUCUGUAGCUCUGCACGAGCAGACCAAGGGCUCCAGAAAGUACCUGCUUCUUGCAGGAGCACCCAAAGAAAGAGCCGUUUCUCUACAACAUGUCAAUGAAACAGGUGCAGUUUACUCCUGUCCCAUCACCACAGACCCUGCAGACUGCUCCAGGAUGGAUCUGGUCAGCACAAUGAGUUCAUCUGAGAUAGUGGAAGGCAUGUGGUUGGGCGUGACGGUGGCCAGUCAGAGGGGUCAUCCAGACGGACGCGUCUUGGCAUGUGGGCAUCGGUACGUGAAGAUCCCCCAAGGAGGCACAGAGGAGCAGAGGCGGAUGAUAGGAAAGUGUUUCGUGAGAAGUAACGACCUGACCUAUGACAUCAGUGAUGAGUGGCAAACUGAUACGUAUGAAGUCUGUAACCCCAAUAAUGAUAUGGAGGGGGAGGGCUUAUGCAACAUGGGCAUCUCAGCUGGCCUGACGGACACUGACGUCUACAUCGGCUCUACGGGAAGCUACAGGUGGCAAGGAAACGUUCACGUAACCUGGAGAAAUCCAGAUCCAUUGUACUCCUGGGACUCUAAUCAUAAAGAGUUUGGAAUUUUAAAAAAUCGAGACAGUUAUAUUGGUUAUUCCACUCUUGAAGAGCAGAAGCUGCUGAGCCACACCGACUACACAGUGCUGACGGGGGCUCCGAGGGACGAGUCCAAAGGCGCGGUGUUGUUUGGAGCAAAAACUGCAAAUCAGAAUGUUUUGAAACAUGUAAAAACCAUCCUCGGUGAACAAGUGGGCUCGUACUUUGGCAGCUGCUUGGCUGCCACUGACCUCAACAAUGACGACUGGAACGACUUGAUCGUGGGCGCCCCUUUUUACUUUGAUCGCAGUAAGGAUCAGGAAGGAGCUGUGUACAUUUUCAUGAAUGAAAACGGAUCCUUCCAAAAUACAGCCACCGUGGUGCUGAAGGGUCCACCUUCUUCUGCGUUUGGCUUUGCAAUUGCUGCCAUCGGUGAUGUCAACCAGGAUGGAUUCCAAGAUUUUGCAGUAGGAGCACCAUUCCAUGAAACAGGAAAGGUCUACAUUUGGUCGGGAAGUAAAAAGGGAAUUUCACCAGAGCCCAGUCAGGUGAUUGACGGUAAGUCAGUAGGAAAUGGGCUGUUCCAGACCUUUGGCUACUCCAUUAGUGGAGGAAUAGACAUGGAUGACAGCAGCUACCCUGACAUCCUAGUUGGCUCUCUGGAUGACCAUAUAGCCCUUCUAAGAGCCCGGCCGGUCAUUCACGUAACUAAAACCUUCACAGCUGAGCCCAAGAUUGUGGAUCCCAAUCAGUGUCUUCCAAAUAAUCCAUGCAUCACCGUCACCGUAUGCAUGUCGUUCACGCUAAGCAAUGGGAACAAAGACUUCAAGAAAAAUAUCACUGUGGUGUACACUGUGAAGGCUGACGUGGAGAGAAUAAGAAGCCAUCGUGUUUGUUUCCAAGACGGUGACAAUACGUAUGUUGGUUCUAUGAACCUACCAUCCUCUAAAUCCAUCUGCCAUACUCUAAAACUGAAAGUGGUGACACCUGUGAGAGAUAAACUGGAACCGGUGGUGUUCUCUGUCAGCAUGUUGCUACAAGAACCAAUUGUGAAAAACAGACUCGCCCUGCAGAACCUGGACUCCUUCCCAAUUCUGAGUCAGGAGCAGAAACUCACUCAAAGAGCAGAGAUAAACUUUCAGAAGGAGUGCGGCUUAGACAACAAAUGCUCCAGUAACCUGCAGAUGACGGCUCAGUUUGCUGAUAUUGAGGGAAAUCUUUAUCCCAGGAAGAACAACAUUCAAGUGCUCCAGUACAACAGCGGUGUGAAGAAAAUAAGCGUGUUGGUGGAUGUGACCAACUUUCCUUCUCCUGGGAGGCUGGCGGAGGACGCCCACCAGACGAUGCUCAACAUCUCCUUCUCUGAUGCCUUGAAAUACUCUUCAGUCAAAAAAGAUGGCAUAGAAUGCAGCGUUGAUCAUACAGUCAUUUGUGAGUUGGGGAAUCCACUUAAAGGCAACGAAAAGGUGUCUUUGCAGAUAGUGUUUGAGACCUACGACAUUGACCUGAACACAAAGCAAAUAGAAGCUCAGCUGAUUCUGUCAACUGUUAGUGAGCAGAGUGACCUGCAGCCUGUGUCGUUGGCCAUGCUGAUCGAAAGCACCAUUUCACCCACCUUUACCAUUAAAAAUCAUUUAAAGCAAACAACAUUUGGUGGGACAGUGAAGGGCGAGUUUGCUAUGAAGAACACCAGUGACGUGGGCAGUCUGGUGGAGUUCACCUUCAAUGUGGGCAUAAACCAACCACUGGGAGACAUGGGGACUCUUGCUGUGGAGUUUCAGUGGCCGUUUGAGGUUGCCAAUGGCAAGUGGCUGCUGUACCUGACGAAGAUUGUUGUUACAGGAGAAUCAGAGAUGGAAUGUAAACCUGCUGGAAAAGUCGUCAAUGAACUGAACCUAACUGAUUGCUCCAAAGGGACAGCCAACUGUGUGACGUUUACCUGUCCCCUGCUCAACAUGUCUACUUCAGCCAUGAUCUACGUUCGGUCACGGCUGUGGAACAGUACGAUGCUGGAGGACUAUUCCAAUGCUCUGAGAGUUACAGUCACUGGUCAAGCCACAUUGAAGCUCAUCACAGAUAAACCAACCAUCAAGAUGGACAACCAGACCUUCAGUUUCAUGGUAGAGAUAGAACCAGAGGAGGAGGUGGAGACACCCUAUGAGCUUCCACUGUGGAUCAUCAUAUCUUCAGCUGUAGCAGGAAUUGUGCUACUAGGAAUCAUAAUUCUCAUACUGUGGAAGUGUGGCUUCUUCCAGAGGGCUAGCAGGAGGGAAAUGUAUGAAGCCAAGGCCCAGAAAGCCGAGAUGAAGAUCCAGCCCUCUGAGACAGAGAGGCUGACUGAGGACUACUAAGGCCCCCAUGUGUUUCCUGACAGCACACAUCAAUGGGGAUUUGGGCUUGGAUUCUUCAAGCGAUCCAUCUACUACAGAAUAAUGCCGAAGUAUCGAGGGGUGAAAAUUCGCAGGGAUGAGCGCUAUCAGUUCAAUUUGGGAUUUCAGCCCGAGGAGCCACAGAAAAAGUACUGGAUUACCAACUGGACAGAGAUGCAGCGUUGCUACUACUGAUGCCUUUGCUUUGAACCGUGAACCACUCACUGCCACAGGGGCCAAACAAAGAACUCUGGGCCCUCACUGAGCCACAAGGACACUGCAGGGCACAAGGACCAA